GCCGCAGAGACGCCCCGCCCCCGCGCGGCGCUGCGGAACCGGAGCUCCGGGCGGCGUCGGAAGCUGCACGGGAGGCGGCGAGGCCGGGACGGCAGCAGUCGGCGCGGCUGCCGCAGCGAGAGCGGCGGGGACGGAGCAGACCACGACGAAGGCGCACAGGCAGCCGGGCCGGGCCGGGCCACGGGGAGAGCGGCCGCCAGGAAGCGGGCGGGAGGCCGGGCAGGCAGCGGGCAGCCGCGGAGCCGCGGAGCGACAUGGUGCUGCUCAAGGAGUAUCGAGUCAUCCUGCCUGUGUCUGUAGAAGAGUAUCAAGUAGGGCAGCUGUAUUCUGUGGCUGAGGCCAGUAAAAAUGAAACUGGUGGUGGUGAAGGUGUGGAGGUCCUGGUGAACGAGCCCUAUGAGAAGGAUGGAGAGAAGGGCCAGUACACACACAAGAUCUACCACUUGCAGAGCAAAGUACCCACAUUUGUCCGAAUGCUGGCCCCAGAGGGAGCCCUAAAUAUACACGAGAAGGCAUGGAAUGCCUACCCUUACUGCAGAACGGUUAUUACAAAUGAGUACAUGAAGGAAGACUUUCUGAUUAAAAUUGAGACCUGGCACAAACCGGAUCUUGGCACCCAGGAGAAUGUGCAUAAGCUGGAGCCUGAGACAUGGAAACAUGUGGAAGCCAUAUAUAUAGACAUUGCAGAUCGAAGCCAAGUACUUAGCAAGGAUUACAAGGCAGAAGAAGACCCAGCAAAAUUUAAAUCUGUCAAAACAGGCCGAGGACCUUUGGGCGCAAAUUGGAAGCAAGAACUUGUAAAUCAGAAAGACUGCCCAUAUAUGUGUGCAUACAAACUGGUUACCGUCAAGUUCAAGUGGUGGGGCCUGCAGAGUAAAGUGGAGAACUUUAUACACAAGCAAGAGAGGCGUCUGUUUACAAAUUUCCACAGGCAGCUGUUCUGUUGGCUGGACAAGUGGGUUGAUCUGACUAUGGACGACAUUCGAAGGAUGGAAGAAGAGACGAAGAGACAGCUGGAUGAGAUGAGACAAAAAGACCCAGUGAAAGGAAUGACAGCAGAUGACUAAAGGCACCCCUCCCCUUUCUGCACUUUUUGCAAGACAGUGGUCAACAGGAAGGCCCAGCAGCUCCACCCUCCUGAAUGACAGGCCAUCUUCGGACUCAGCCUUUCUGUGCCCAUUCUUCAGGCAACUUCUGAUCCCUUACUGUAGCUAAUUCUAGAUACCCUUUAAUAUCGUGAACAAAUAAGACUGUCCGGUAUUACAGAGCCCAUGUGUGCGAGAGCCUGCUCCUCUGAGAUAUGUGGCGAGUAGGUUGCUGUAUUUACAGCUCCUCCCUCUCUCUCCAUUGUGUUCUGACCCAUUUCUGUGUGCCUCCCCCAUUUCCAAGUGACAUUUUUAGUCUUUCAAAAUAGCUGCCUUUUGUGAUGUGAUUUAAGUUCCUUUGUUUUCAACUUUGAGAUAAACUAAUAUUUUUGCUUCCUGGGCAGAUCUUUGCAGUUUUGAGUGCUCACUUGAGGAGAGAGGAUGAGUUAGAAAUACAGAAUUCCCACCUUCCCAGUUCAACAGAAUAGCAGUGUGACUUUGUAACUCUGACCUCUGCUCACAUAAUGUGUUGUUAAGAGUACUCUGAGCAUCAAAGAGGCCCAGCUAGUCAGUUUCAGAAAAUUUAACAAAUAUGAAUAAUCCCUGCCCCAGUCCUUGUAUCUCUGGUCACUAUUCUUAGAAACAACAGUAGCUUCUUGGUCCUCCUGUUGCCCAUUCUGUGAAUCAUUCUGUAGAGCCCACAAGACACACCUGUUGCAGCUCUACAUGGAGGGACUUGUCCAGUGUGGCCCCUUAGAAUUGAGUGUAUGCUAUAGAUACUGAUCUGUCUGACCCUGAGGAGCUUCAUGUGUCCACGCUCCUCUUCCCUUUUGGGCUGGUGCUGCCACUCAGCAAUAAUCCUCUUUUCUCUGUGCUUUUUUUUUUUUUUUUCCUUAGAUCCCUAUCCUCUGUCUCUGAGGUUGGUUAGAAUGUAAGAGCCCUGAUCUCUUCAUGCUGCACACAGUGAGCAUGCAAAAAGCUUUGUUUUGCAGCAGAACAUGUACCCUCUUGUCUCCAAUCAUUGGAAAGGAAUUUGAAGGAAAAGAACUCUGCUCAUUCUGCCCCCAGCUGAGUUCUGUCCUGGACAAUCAAAAGCAGUGAUCUUAGUAUAAGAUUCUACCAGGGUAGGCUGGAGAAGUCCAGGUUCCAGGGGAGUAGAAGCUGCUGAGUGUUUCCUAGUUCCUAAGAGUUGGCAGAAAAUGAGUAUGGCUUCCUGGUGAGGGAAUCCGAGACAGCUGCAGUGUCACCUGACCGUUCCCAAACCUUGUGUGUCAACCUGAAUGUGCAGUCAUCCAACCCCAUGCUAGCCUGGGUGCCUCUUGCUGAGAGACCAAAUCUCCACUGGGGGAGUGAGAAGUGAGAUGGGAUAAUUUAUCCUUAUGUAUUUAUCAUUUUGUUUGCCUUACCUUACUCAUUUCUAAGUGCAAUAAGGGAGUGCCUCAUGGGAUUGCACCUGGGACAUCCUGAUGGGUGGUUUACUGUGGCCCUCCUGGUAUAACAGCAGACAGAACCAGACCCUGCAGCAUGGUUAGCUCUGACCUUCACUGAGGUCCCUUUGGGACCAGAAACGUCAGGCAUUUUUCCUCGGUCUCCUCACUUCGCUGGGUCCUUAGUAAUGUACCUGGGCAUUUACUUCUGAUUAGCAUCUCAACUGCUGGUAGUGUGUAUUGGACUGGGAAAGUUGAAGAGACAUUCCUAAAGGAGAAAAAUGUAAACGUUUUCCUACAAGCUCUGUAUUACCUAUUAUGUUUGUGCUUAAAGAGUUCCAUUCUUCAUUCGUCAACCAGAUGAAGUCCAGAUGUGAAUUAUCUUGGGAGAAACUGAUACUAUGGGCAGACUUUGUUCAUGUAGAAGGAGAAUCAGUGAUGUUAAUCUCCUUUCUUCAGGUCUUCUUUGAGAUCCACACAUAUCACAUCAACUCAAAGGGGAUCUAUCUGCCUUUUCCCUGGCUCCUCCACCUCACUUCUCACUUAUACCCCAACUGAAACCAUCUGUAUGAGCUAAGCUACAGUUUCCUGAAAUCAGCCUGCAUCUGGGGUUCCUGCCCACAUGAAAAAUAAGGACUGUCCCUGGUAUUCUGUCAUAGGUAGUGCUGCUGCUGGGCAACAAUGUUGGCUUCUUUUAAAUAUCCCCUUCCCUCCUCACCCACCCCAAACUGCCUAGCACUCAGAGGGGCUUCCAAGCAAAGGCUCAGCUCCAGAGGGAGAAUACCUAAGGGUGCACAACACCCCUGCAAUGCAGACUAGCUGCUUGCUUUAGACCUGCAGGGUCUCAGUCCCAGCUGAAAGCAGCAGUGCCUCUGCGUGAGGGCUGCUGGGCUUUGGCCUUCUCAAGAAGAAAAGGAGGACAGGGUCAGUAUUGUGGGCAUGUGUCUAUCUUCCCACGUUCUUUUAUAGUCCCCGCUGGGACUCCCCGACUUAUUUUUGGUUGGUUCCUAGUGCUACUUCUUUUAUGAAUUACACUUUGUAGAACUGAUUAGAUUACCUUGUUUAUUUAAUGUGAGUUUGUGCCUUUUUUUUGUCUCAAUCUUCCAAUACAGGUAUAUUGGGAAAGAAAGCAGUCUAAUAAAAUCCUCGACAGAGCUUUCUGGA